AUGAAUGGGACAGAAGGUCCAAACUUCUACGUGCCCAUGUCUAACAAGACAGGCUUGGUACGUAGCCCAUUUGAGGAACCGCAGUACUACCUUGCUGAGCCUUGGAAGUACUCAUUAUUGGCUGCCUACAUGCUCUUCCUCAUGAUUACUGCAUUUCCUAUCAACUUUCUGACUCUGUACAUCACAGUGCAGCAUAAAAAACUCCGUACUCCUCUAAACUACAUUCUUCUAAACCUGGCUGUGGCUGACUUGUUUAUGGUAAUUGGUGGCUUUACUGUGACACUCUACACCGCUCUGCAUGGAUAUUUUGUCCUGGGUGUGACAGGCUGCAACAUUGAGGGAUUUUUCGCCACUAUGGGAGGUGAGAUUGGACUGUGGUCUCUGGUUGUCUUGGCUAUUGAGCGCUACGUUGUGGUAUGUAAACCUCUGGCCACAUUUCCUUUUGGAGAAAAGCAUGCCAUUGCUGGAGUCGGCUUUACCUGGGUGAUGGCCCUCAGCUGUGCUUGCCCACCAUUGCUUGGAUGGUCCAGGUACAUUCCAGAGGGAAUGCAGUGUUCAUGUGGAAUUGACUACUACACCCCAAAAACCGAAACAAACAACAUAUCAUUCGUCAUUUACAUGUUCAUCCUGCAUUUCUCUAUUCCUCUGCUGGUCAUCACCCGCCUGCUGUGCACCGUUCGUGCGGCUGCAGCUCAGCAGCAGGAGUCUGAGAGCACUCAGAGGGCAGAGAAAGAGGUGACCCGGAUGGUGGUCGUCAUGGUUAUUGCUUUUCUGGUGUGCUGGCUGCCCUAUGCUAGCGUCGCUUGGUACAUCUUUGCCAACCAGGGCACUGAGUUUGGGCCUGUUUUCAUGACCAUACCUGCUUUCUUCGCCAAGAGUGCUGCCCUGUACAACCCUGUUAUCUACAUCCUUCUUAACAGACAGUUCAGGAACUGCAUGUUGACCACACUGUGCUGUGGAAAGAACCCGUUCGGUGAGGACGACACCAGCACUGCUUCAUCUGCAAAGACUCAGUCUUCUGUAGUCACCACCAGCCAGGUGGCCCCCGCUUAAACUCGUCACCUCUGACCUCCAGCAUUCCAUACCGUGCUUGUUGUGUCUGGGAGACUGUUAUCAAACAACCGUCAGCAUGCUUUUAGAUGCAACAUUUGAACCUCAAGUUGGCUGUUUACCAAUAUUUUCUUUGAUAUGUAAGCUUCAUGAAUUGGGUUGUGAUAGUGUAAUCAUUUACUGACUGGUGGAAGCAACUGCUUGUUUUUCUUGUAGAUAUAAACAAGUGCAUCAGUCAAAACAAUAAAAUGAUUAACAAAAA